AUGGACUAUCUUAACAAACUCCAAAUUGCUACCUACGUCGGAGUGGAAGAUGUUGCGGACAAAUUUAAUUUUCUUAUCACAGUUCUUAUACUUCUCCUCUGUACAACCGUGGUCACGGUCAAACAGUAUAUGAUGAAGCCCAUUUCGUGUUAUAUGGCCACGGAUUUGGGUGGCCGAAAUCUUUUGGAUUAUGUGGAGAAUUACUGUUGGGUACAAGGCACGGUGCCGAUAUCCUAUAACGGACGUGUUCCCGAAACAGAUGAGGGCUGGAAGAAGUUGGAGGAGCAUAAACUUUGUAAGUUCGUAUUUUCUGAAUGUUUACACUAA